UUUGACGUCAGACAGAAGGACUCACUUGUAGCGAGCAUUGACCGGCGCUGGCUAUCAUUUGCACUGCACGGUUUUGCAAUAAUCUGAGCUCGUGGGAUGCGUUCUAUUUUUACAAGAAUCUCAUUCUGGGUUCAAUGAAGUUAAUAUUGGAAUUUCGUAAUGAGGUGGCUUCUGCCGUGGAUUCUAAUAGUAGCCAGCACUCAUCAGGUAAGCAUAGAUUAUUUUAUUUUAUUCUAACCCUCAUACUAACUUUUAAUGUAUUUUAUCUAUGGUUUUCAAGAUUACAGGGUAUGGAUUCCCGAUCAUAAGAAUAUAAUGCAUAUAAAUGAUCGCAGGUUGUGCACAUAUAUCCAUUAGAAAAUGUAAUUGCGUAAUAACGCACGGAGGCAUUUUGUGCGCGAUGCCAAUAACCGGUAGCCCAUUAUUGGUUUCCCAUUGACACUGUGCUAUUAUCUUGUUGUCAAUAUUAAGCAUACAAUAGACCUACUCAGAGAGAAUCUGUCUCCGUGGUAGCACUGAAACCUAGACAGUCAUGAAACUGUUAGACCGGGCACUUCUCUACUCUCUCCUCCACUCUCUCUUUCUCUCUUUCCUCUAAUCUCUCCUCCACCCUCUUUCUCUCUUUCCUCUAGUCUCUCCUCCACCCUCUCUUUCUCUCUUUCCUCUACUCUCUCCUCCACCCUCUCUUUCUCUCUUUCCUCUACUGUCUCCUCCACCCUCUCUUUCUCUCUUUCCUCUAGUCUCUCUUCCACUCUCUCUUUCUCUCUUUCGUCUAGUCUCUCCUCCACCCUCUCUUUCUCUCUUUCCUCUACUCUCUCUUCCACUCUCUCUUUCUCUCUUUCCCCUAGUCUCUCUCUUCCACCCUCUCUUUCUCUCUUUCCUCUAGUCUCUCCUCCACUCUCUCUUUCUCCCUUUCCUCUAGUCUCUCCUCCACCCUCUCUCUUUCUUCUCUCUUUCCUCUCUCUCUCUUCCACCUCUCUUUCUCUCUUUCCUCUAGUCUCUCCUUCUCCUCCACCCUCUCUUUCUCUCUUUCUUACUCUCUCUCCACCCUCUCUUUCUCUCUUUCCUCUAUCUCUCUCCUCCACCCUACUCUCUCUCCUUCUCUAGUCUCCCCCUCCUCUUCUCUCUUUCCUCUACUCUCUCUUCCACUCUCUCUUUCUCUCUUUCUCUCUCCUCGUCUCCUCCACCCUCUCUUUCUCUCUUUCCUCUAGUCUCUCCUCCACUCUCUCUUUCUCUCUUUCCUCUACUCUCUCUUCCAAUCUCUCUCAUUUUAGCUCAGAUAAUGACAGCUCAGGUACUACCUCAGUUCUCUCUCUGACUAAUAUCGUUUAAAUGUGUUAUUAGGUAGGUGUGGUUGAAUGACCCUGGCCUGAGAGUUAUUUAUUUCUAUCAGUCACUAGCCUCACUCAUUACUUUAUAGGGGAAAACCAAACCGCUAGUGCCAAUUUGGUGUUUGUGUCCAUGGGGCUGGCUGAACUAGAUAAAAUGCAAUAAAUGUAAAGACUAAGGAAGUACAAACUUGUACAGUAUGUUAUGCAUGUGAACCCUACCCUACAUUGAUCUUCAGUCUACAAUACUACAGCUCAUACACAACUUGAUCUUCAUCUUUUGCUUGGUGGGGGGACUCCUGGCCUUAGUUUGGAAAUGUGUUUCCUUCUGGAAUGAAACAUAUUUCCCCUUGCUGUGCUCUGAUUUCAUGUACUACUGUUAAAAAUGUUCCUGGAAGAACAACUUCCUUCCGCAACAAAUUUGGGGUUGAGUGCAACUACAGGCUCCAUCCCAAUGUAACCCCUGGCUACUGUAACCACUAUACUGGCUGGGUGGCCCCAUCCCAAUGUAACCCCAGUCUACUGUAACCACUAUUCUGGCUGGGUGGCCCCAUCCCAAUGUAACCCCUGGCUACUGUAACCACUAUUCUGGCUGGGUGGCCCCAUCCCAUUGUAACCCCUGUCUACUGUAACCACUAUACUGGCUGGGUGGCCCCAUCCCAAUGUAACCCCUGGCUACUGUAACCACUAUUCUGGCUGGGUGGCCCCAUCCCAAUGUAACCCCUGGCUACUGUAACCACUAUACUGGCUGGGUGGCCCCAUCCCAAUGUAACCCCUGGCUACUGUAACCACUAUACUGAGGAGAGGAUAUUAGUUGUUGGUGCACAUGAACAUUGACAUAGGUACUGAUGAUCAACCUGGAGCCGCUGCUGGUCUCUCUGCUCUGUGGGUUUACAGGAAUAACACAACAAGACCAUCCCAAAGACCAACCCACCAGUAUGACCCAGUAUUUCAUAAGUGUUGUUCUGUCCAUCCUACAGGUUUUCCCCUACAUUCCACGGCCAUGCCUCCCUUGACGACGACCAUAGAGCUGUAUAACCGUACCGCAUUCUGCAAAUGGCCCUGCAAGUGUGCCAAGAGCGCCCCCCUGUGUCCACCAGGGGUCAGUGUGCUGAUGGACGGCUGUGACUGCUGUAAGGCCUGUUCCAAGCAGGUGGGGGAGACCUGCAACGAGGCCGAUGUCUGUGACUACCAUAAGGGGCUGUACUGCGACUACAGCGCGGACAAGCCGAGGUACGAAAAAGGAGUGUGUGCCUGUAAGUGUCACCUCAGAUAACUUUCCUCUUUGAGUUCUGACGUUCUACCAUCUCCAUCUGUGCCGUUAAGUCAAUUUGUAAUUAUAAAUACAGUAAUGAGAAUGGACGUUGUACUGAUUAGAAGGAAUUGAUACAUUUAUUGAUUUGUGUGCCACAGUGCAUUGAGACUGGUCUUUCUUGAGAAAGGCUUUAGAGCUGAAAUGCUGACAUUGAACAGUCUCAACUACAGUACCAGGUAAAGGUUUGGACACACCUACUCAUUCCAUGCUGGUUAAGUGUGCCUUGAAUUCUAAAUAAAUCACAGACAGUGUCACCAGCAAAGCACCCCCACACCAUAACACCUCCUUCUCCAUGCUUUACGGUGGGAACUACACAUGCAGAGAUCAUCCGCUCACCCACACCUCUUCUCACAAAGACACGGCGGUUGGAACCAAAAAUCUCAAAUUUGGACUCCAGACCAAAGGACAAAUUUCCACCUGUCUAUUGUCCAUUGCUCGUGUUUCUUGGCCCAAGCAAGUCUCUUUUUCUUAUUGGUGUCCUUUAGUAGUGGUUUUCUUUGCAGAAAUAUGACCAUGAAGGCCUGAUUCACACAGUCCCCUCUGAACAGUUAAUGUUGAGAUGUGUCUGUGACUUGAACUCUGUGAAGCAUUUAUUUGGGCUGCAAUUUCUGAGGCUGGUAACUCUAAUGAACUUAUCCUCUGCAGCAGAGGAAACUCUGGGUCUUCCAUUCCUGUGGUGGUCCUCAUGAGAGCCAGUUUCAUCAUAGCGCAUUAAGAAGGAAAUAAAUUCCACAAAUUAACUUUUAAGAAGGCACACCUGUUAAUUGAAAUGCAUUCCAGGUGACUACCUCAUGAAGCUGGUUGAGAGAAUGCCAAGAGUGUGCAAAGCUGUCAUCAAGGCAAAGGGUGGCUAUAUGGCUAUAUGUACAUAUGUGUUAUUUCAUAGUUUUGAUGUCUUCACUAUUGUUCUACAAUGUAAAAAUAAAGAAAAAACCCUUGAAUGAGUAAGUGUGUCCAAACUUUUGACUGGUAGUGUACAUCCCGCUUCUUGUUUUCCUAUGUAUACCUAUAGGGCAGGGGUGAACCUUUCGGCUCAAGGGCCACAUUGAGUUUUUGAAACCAAGUGAAGGGCCACAUACUAUAUGCGUGAAAAAACAUGUGAAGCCUUUAUUAAUUUUCACGUUGAUACGCAACUACUAGUGUACUGUAGGUGUUCAUAUGCUUGCAGAACAAUUCUACCCUUGUACCAUCUCUACCCUUGUUUUUUGUGAACACAUUUUUCACAACAUUUUCACAAAAUUUAUAUAAUUUAUAACAUCACAGACACAGUCAAACACACACACUGAUCCUGCAUCUCUACCCUUGUAAAGUACAAUCAAACUUAGUCACAAUAUGCAAACUUAAAAAUAGAUAUAUAUUAUAUGACUGGAGAAAUGCAAAAUAUAACAGCAGAUGUGUAAAAAAAAACAACAUAUGGUAAGAGCAUCAGUUUCAUUUGGAGUGGUCUGUUUUUGAAAGCAUAUUAAGGAACAAUUCUCAUCUCCAUUGUGAGCCGUAUUUACAGUUAUCCAGUCACCUCAGCCCAAAUCUGACUGAUUAGUUAUUACCUGUAUCCAAGUGCAUUGCUGCAUAAUUCUCACUGCAUGACCAACACCAUGAAAAAGCAUAGUCCUUGCCUUCCCCAGUCACGGUUAUUCAAGUCUUAAUGUGAACAAUGGGUGUGGUCACCUCUCUUGGCAAGGGCAUCAAAGUUUGGUGUCAUCUUUGAUGUAGAGAUUCUCAGAACAGCUGACAAGUGGUCAUUUGUUAAAUUUGACCUGUGACGGGAUUUGUUGUAAUUCAUGACUGAGAACGUUUGUUCACACACAUAUGUGGACCCGAAUAAAACAACAUCCUUUGGGCGUUCUUUUUAAUGUUUGGAACAUUGUUUCAUUCAGUGAGCCAUAGAACUGGUCUAUUGUUGCUGUUUUGUACUUCUUCUUCAAAACACUGUCACAUUUGGAUGUCGAUGAGCUCCAAUUGUGUGUCUGGGGGUGCUUUCUCACUGUCGAAAGACAGGGGGCAUGAUACAAGCUCCAGCUCAGUCUCAAUCUUGGUGGAGUCUGAGAAGCGGCAGGAACUCAGCAUGCAGGUCGAUCAAAGUGCUACUGUAUGUCUCACUGCGAUGUGGGCGCGUUCAGUGCGGCCAGUGUCGGAAAAAGAGCGAGAGACUGGCUGCUCAUUUCUCUGGAGAACAACAUAAGUUUGGCCUUGAAUGCUUUCACGUUGGAAUACAGUUCAUGUACAAAAACACAAUUUCCCUACAGUUUCACAUUUAGAUCGUUCAGAUGCCCCAAUAUGUCCACACCGAAAGCAAAGUCGCCCAGCCAGUCUGUGUCUUUCAACUCGGAGAAGUCGUCAGCUUUACCAACCAUAUCACUGAACAUACCUAUCUCCCCUCUCAGUUCCCACACGGCGAAAUACUUUUCCCAGGCUUAGCCAGCGCACAUUUGAAUGGUACAACAAGUCCUGGUGCUCUGCCUCUGUGUCAUUGAGCAGCUGAAUGAUCUGACGAUGGUUAAGCCCCCUUGCCCGUAUAAAGUUGGCAAGUUUUACAACCACUUUGACAACAUUUCCCAGCAAUAACACACUUUUAUCAUGCUUGCUUGAAAUGACGAUUGAGAUUGUAUUCCUUAAAAAUGGCAACACCUUAUUGGCAUAUCAGUAAAAAAGUAUUUUGCUGACCAUUCAAUAACAUACGACAUUCACAGUCCACUUUUCUCAUUUUCGCAGCACUCAUUUUUCACGUCAAAAGUCGUCAAGCAAUGAAGUGGCUAUGAUGACUGAGCGGAUUCUGAAUCUGACUGUAGGCCCAAAUACAGAGGAUACAGCGCCAUCUAUUGGAGCUUGUUUGUAUAUCAUGGAAUUAGUAAUUUUAGGCCAAAAAUCGUAACUCAAAUAUAAUAAUAUGUAAUACAUUUAAUAAAUGUCUCGUGGGCCGGAUUGAAGUGCCCGGCGGGCCUCCCCCUUGCUAUAGGGGAUAUACUUGACCGUGCAGCGCUGAUUCUUAUUAUUUUACAUGCUCUAUCAAACAGACAUGGUGGGUACAGGCUGUGAGUACGACGGAGUGAUCUACCGGAACGGCCAGAGCUUCCAACCCAGCUGUAAGUACCGCUGUCUGUGUGUAAACGGGGCCAUCGGCUGUGUACCGCUAUGCACGGACUCCCAGCCACCCCGGGUGUGGUGCCAGACGCCCAAGCGGGUCAAACUGCCGGGCCGAUGCUGUGAGCAGUGGAUCUGUGAUGAGCCCAGGAAGCCCCGCAAGGCAGCCCCCAGUCAUGCGGAGAUAGGUACAGUACUAGAUUAUAUGGGACGCAUCCCAAAUGGCACCCUAUUCCCUAUGUAGUGCACUACUUUUGACCAGAGCAGGGAAUCCAGGAAUCCUCCAACCAGGAUUUCUGGAAAGCCUGGGCAUUUUUGGGGAAGUUACCUGAAGUUUGCAUCCCUAAUCAAGAGUCUAUUCCUCUGUUUAUUUGGCAGUGCGCGCCAGCCACAAUGAGGUCUGGCAUAAGAACUGCAUUACCCAGACCACCUCCUGGUCCCCGUGUUCCAAGACCUGUGGACGUGGCCUGUCCCUGAGGAUCUCCAACGCCAACGACCAGUGUGAGUUGAUCAAGGAGUCCCGCCUCUGCAACAUCCGGCCCUGUGACGUCGACAUCACCAAGCACAUCAAGGUGAGAACAUCUGUCAUGGCUUAUGUCCUAAAUGGCACCCUAUUCCCUUUAAAGUGUACUACCCGUAGAGCUCUGGUCAAAAGUAGUGCACUAUAUAGGGAAUAGGGUGCCAUUUAGGACAAACACAAUAUCUCACUUGUGCUUUCAAUGAAACCAGGCCCAUCAACUCAAGUAUUGUGCAUAUGAACAUGGUUUUAAAUCAUAUGGGUGAAAUGUUUUUUCAGUACAGUUGAAUAUCAUUUUGACAGUGUAACAGUAUUCUGACCCCAAUGUCAAUCAAUCUAUUAUUGAUUCUGACCCAUGUUUAUCUAUGAAACCCCUCAGCCAGGGAAGAAGUGUCUGAACAUUUACAGGGAGGAGCAUAGCCAGAAUUUCACAAUCUCAGGCUGCACCAGCAAGAAGCCCUACCGGCCAAAAUACUGUGGCGUCUGCAUGGCCACAGACGAUCGCUGCUGCAUCCCUUACAAGUCCAAGACUAUCGAGGUGGAGUUUAAGUGUCCCAACGGAGCCACGCUGACAUGGCAGGUGAUGUGGAUCAACGCCUGCUUC